AUGUGCGCUUUUGAACUACAACCGCGGGGUAUAUGCAAUGACAACGACUGCAGGUCGCAGCAUUUCCGUGAGCUUCCAAAGACCGAAAAAGUGAUCAUUGAUGAUCUUACCGGAUAUUACGAAGGUGAGAAUAUCUCGCAACAGAGGCAUUACCGUGAAGGCCUUCAUAGGUUACUCGGCGAUCUUGAAAUGAACGGGAGGGACUCGUUUCUCGAGAAAUUCGAGGAUAUAAAAAAAUAUCGCGACACUUUUGUUGCAAGAAGCCAAAACGACGGCACUGGGGCUCCACGGGUUGUGUUCACAAAUGAGCACCGGCCAUUGACAGAUGACUGGUACACUUCGCCUCCGGCUCGCGAAAGUGAAUCGGAUUAUGUUUCCGAAAGCUUGCCCACACCAAGAAUGCCAACAUCAUCAUCGUCCGGACCAGAUGACGACCAACAACAAAUAUAUCCAACUUCACCCGAGUUGGAAGAUGAAGAUGAAGACGGUGAUUACUUCUCACCAUCGUUCGCUUCUCAUCACGAGAAAGAUGAGAAUGAAAAAUAUGAAAAUUAUGACGAAAGAAUGAAGUCAUGUCACGAAUCCGACGAUCAAUACGCCGAAUUAAGCGAAUCUGAGUCUGAAUCCACCACAUCCGAAAACGGAGACGAACAAAAAAAUAUCGCGACCAUUAGAUCAUCGACCGAAUUUGCAUCCAUUAAUCAUGAAGAACGGCAAGAAAUCGUCCAGGAGCAACAGGAAGAGGAACAAGAUGUUUAUGCACCAUUUGGUUAUGUAGGCCGAAUUCUCAAUUGGUUCCUCUGA